UCCAUCACUAGCCGAACAGAAGCAAGCAAAAAAAAAAAAUCUAAACGCAAGCAAGCGCAAUUUUGCCGACUUCUCCUGUCUCGAAUCGAGAAAAUACAAUUUUAAGCAGUCUACGAGCAUAUCAGAAUCCUCGAGAACUUUAAAAAGCGACUGCGAACUAAAAAGAAGACAAAAAGUCUCGGAAUCUACUCUACGUUUAGGCGAACCGAAAAAGAGCACGAAGAUGUCGCACACAAUCCUGUUGGUCCAGCCAGGAAAUCGGCCGGAGACGCGAACCUACUGCGACUACGAGAGCGUCAACGAGUGCAUGGAGGGCGUGUGCAAGAUCUAUGAGGAGCAUCUGAAGCGCCGUAACCCCAACACCCCGACCAUCACCUACGACAUCAGCCAGCUGUUCGACUUCAUUGACACUCUGAUGGACAUCAGCUGCAUGGUCUACCAGAAGAGCACCAACACCUACGCCCCCUACAACAAGGACUGGAUCAAGGAGAAGAUCUACGUGCUCCUCCGCCAGGCAGCCUUUAGCCCCAACGCCUAAAAGCCAAAUACAAAGUAACACUACAGCUAAUAUACACGCACUCCUCAUUUGUAUAAACGCAAUCCAACUGACGACACCCAAGAGGAAACGCCGCCAAGAGAUGAAGAACGGAAGGGACACUGCUUUUGACGUUUCCUACUCAAAGGAGUUGGUUAUAUAUAUAAUUUUAAAAGAAUUUUUAAUGAAUUGUCUGCUUCCCAGUUGGAUUGGCCAAAUGCAUCUCGAAACGUACCAGAAAUCGCUGGCGAGCAGACAAUGCAAACAAAGAGAACGAGAAACUGUUUAAAUUAGAAAUGGAAAAUUUUACUUUAUAUGUACCAAUAUAAUGUAUAUACACUCAACCUAA